AUGAUUCUUCCAAUCCAACUUUUCCAAAGAGAAUUGAGAGAGCAGUUUUUCAAUAUUAGUGAUUUACCUGAAGAACUCACCAAGGUUUUCUCAUCAUGGCAGAAAUCCAAUUACCUUAACAUUCGGGCGGUGACUUCCUCUGUUAGCAGACCAUCAUUCCAGCUUCGAUCUCGGAAGUAUUACGAAAUUUGGUUGGAAUUUCGAAAAUCCCUCUGCAAUUGGUCUCAGAAUAAAUUGUUUCAACCUGAUAUCAUGUUGGAUUUGAUCGACCUUGUUAAACGCCCAAUUGAUCGGCACUAUGGAUUGCCGUCCGACUCCGAUGGCCGCCGGUAUUCUACUUGUGCGGUGGUGGGGAACAGUGGAAUUUUGCUUAAAACAGAGUAUGGAGAUCUGAUCGACAACCACGAUAUCGUGAUCCGAUUGAACAAUGCUUGGACUGAUAGGUUUCAACGACAUGUAGGAUCCAAAACCAAUAUCUCCUUCGUGAACAGUAAUAUCCUGCAUCGAUGUGCAUUCAGACAAGGCUGCUUCUGCCAUCCUUAUGGGGCAAAGGUCCCGAUCGUUAUGUAUAUAUGUCAGGCUGUGCAUUUCAUCGAUUACGUCAUCUGCAAUUCUUCUCACAAGGCUCCUUUGUUAAUUACAGAUCCCCGAUUCGAUAUCUUGUGUGCUCGGAUUGUGAAGUAUUACUCUGCAAAACGAUUUGUUGAAGAGACAGGGAAGACUCUGGAUGAAUGGGCAAUUGCCCAUGAUGCUGUACAGUUCCAUUAUUCUUCUGGUAUGCAAGCAAUCAUCCUAGCUUUGGGAAUUUGUGAUAGAGUUAGUGUUUUUGGGUUUGGAAAGUCAGCACAAGCGACUCACCAUUAUCAUACCAAACAGAAAGCUGAACUUCAUUUGCAUGAUUAUGAAGCAGAGUAUGCCUUUUACCAUGACUUGGUUGAGAGCCCAGAGGUUAUACCUUUCCUUUCUAGCAAGUUCAAGGUUCCUCCUGUUAUCAUAUACAAGUAAGUUCUUCCCACUUGAAAUCUUUUGGGUUCUCUGGAUUUGGGUUCAAUGGUUCGAAAUCCUCUAUAAUUGUUGUGAUAAUAGUUUCCAUAACUCCCAGCAGAUAAAAGGGAGAAAAGAACUUGUAAUUCUCCUAAGGAGAGUGAUUGAGGAAUUUUUCAUUUCACAAGGGUCGAGUGGUAAUUUGGUCAUCUUGUAGGUGCCACAUAGUCUAACCAUUUUCAUUUUCCUUUAUCUA